AUGAAGUACCAGAAAUACAUCACGGUGAUGCAGAUGGCCAUGGGAGUGACAGCCUCCAACAAAGACUGCCUCCCUACCAAGAGACAGCUAUGGGUAACACCGUCAGACGGAGAAACGUCACCCUCUGGUGUUCCCGAGUCUUCAGAUGGGCCUCUAGGUGCUACAGGGGGUGCUGGUGCUAUGGCCAUGCCUGCCACGUCCACCCUCUCCCUGCCCAUGAGCCAGGGGAAACCUUCCUUGCGUCGAAUCAAAGGCCGCAUUCACCGCAGCAAGAGCCUAGACAGCAUUGAUCUGCUUGACUCCAAUAGUGCGGCAAUGGAGGAAACGGUCAUAUGGGAACAGCACACAGUGACUCUUCACAGGGCUGCUGGAUUUGGGUUUGGUAUUGCCAUCUCAGGUGGACGAGACAACCCACAUUUUCAAAGUGGGGAGACAUCCAUUGUGAUAUCUGAUGUUUUAAAAGGAGGUCCUGCAGAGGGAUUGCUGCAAGAAAAUGACCGAGUGGUUAUGGUGAAUGCUGUAUCAAUGGACAACGUAGAGCAUGCAUAUGCUGUACAACAGUUGCGUAAGAGUGGCAAAAAUGCAAAGAUAACUAUUCGGAGGAAAAGGAAAGUACAGAUUCCCGUUUCUCGACCAGGGGACAGGGAGACUAUGUCAGAGCAUGAGGAAGAGGACAGUGAUGAGGAAGAUGGCUAUGAGCAUCGCAGUGGUCGCGCUGGCCAAAGUGCCUAUGCUGGCGCAAGUGGCGGCACGAGCAGCAGUAGGCGACAUGAUCGUGAACGAAGCAGCAGUGGAAGAAGGGAUCACAGUGCCUCACGGGAAAGGAGUGUCUCACCACGCUCUGAUCGGCGUUCACAAGCCUCCUCUGCUCCCAGCAGGCCUUCCAAGGUCACACUUGUCAAGUCGCGGAAAAAUGAAGCAGAAUAUGGACUGCGGUUAGCUAGCCAUAUAUUUGUGAAGGACAUCUCGCCCGAGAGCCUUGCUGCCAGGGAUGGGAACAUCCAGGAGGGAGAUGUUGUUCUUAAGAUCAAUGGCACAGUUACUGAGAACCUAUCAUUGAUCGAUGCCAAGAAGCUGAUUGAGCGAUCAAAGGGCAAGCUGAAAAUGGUUGUUCAGAGAGAUGACCGAGCCACGCUCCUGAACAUUCCUGAUCUAGAUGACAGUAUUCCGUCAGGCAAUAACUCUGAUCGAGAUGACAUUUCAGAAAUACAUUCACUGACAUCAGACCAUUCCAAUCGAUCUCGUGGCCGGGGUAGAUCACGCUCACCUGACAAGAAUGAGCCAUCAGACCAUCACCGGCUCUCACCUCGGCAGAUCCCUAAUGGCAGCCAUCGAAGUCGAGAUGAGGAGCGGUCUAAACCUGGGGUUAUGUCCACACCAGUAAAAAGCUCUGAUGAUGGUGUCUUGUCUCAGGCCAGUGACCAAACCAGCUCCAGAGAUGAAAAACAAUUACCUCCACUGCCUGAACCAAAGCCUGUAUAUGCACAGCCUGGCCAGCCUGAUGUGGACCUGCCAGUCAGCCCCUCUGAUGCACCUGUGCCCAGCGCCGCUCAUGAUGACAGUAUCCUCAGGCCAAGUAUGAAGCUAGUCAAGUUCAAAAAGGGAGAGAGUGUUGGACUAAGACUAGCUGGAGGCAACGAUGUUGGAAUUUUUGUUGCGGGAGUAUUGGAGGACAGUCCUGCAGCAAAGGAAGGACUAGAAGAAGGGGACCAGAUUCUCAGGGUGAACAAUGUGGACUUUGCUAACAUAAUUAGGGAAGAGGCUGUGCUGUUUCUGCUUGACCUCCCGAGAGGAGAGGAAGUCACAAUCCUCGCUCAGAAGAAGAAAGAUGUGUAUCGCAGAAUAGUUGAGUCAGACGUUGGCGAUUCCUUCUACAUUCGCACACAUUUUGAGUACGAAAAGGAGUCACCAUAUGGCUUGAGCUUUAACAAGGGUGAGGUGUUUCGAGUGGUAGACACCCUCUACAAUGGCAAAUUAGGCUCUUGGCUUGCUAUUCGCAUUGGCAAGAACCAUCAGGAGGUGGAAAGGGGCAUCAUACCCAACAAGAACAGGGCUGAGCAGCUGUCCAGUGUGCAGUACACCCUCCCCAAAACACCAGGGGGUGACAGAGCAGAUUUCUGGAGAUUCCGUGGCUUGCGAAGCUCAAAGAGGAAUUUGCGGAAGAGCAGGGAGGACCUAUCAGCACAGCCAGUUCAGACUAAGUUCCCCGCAUAUGAGAGGGUGGUUCUUCGGGAAGCUGGGUUCCUGAGGCCAGUAGUCAUCUUUGGUCCAAUAGCAGACGUGGCAAGAGAGAAGCUGGCUAGAGAGGAACCUGAUGUCUUUGAAUUGGCAAAAACACAGCAACAGCAAGGAGGAGAAAAAAGUGAACCAAGGGAUGCCGGAACUGACCAGAAAAGCUCUGGCAUCAUUCGUCUACACACCAUCAAACAGAUUAUUGACCGGGACAAACACGCAGUGCUGGAUAUCACCCCGAAUGCAGUGGAUCGCUUAAACUACGCUCAGUGGUAUCCAAUUGUGGUGUUUCUCAACCCUGACACAAAGCAAGGCGUCAAAAACAUGAGGACCAGACUCUGCCCCGAGUCUCGGAAGAGUGCCAGAAAACUCUAUGAACGAGCCCUAAAACUGAGGAAGAACAAUCACCAUCUUUUCACUACAACUAUUAACUUGAACAACAUGAACGAUGGAUGGUUUGGAGCACUGAAGGAAAUAAUCCAGCAGCAGCAAAACCAACUGGUGUGGGUUUCAGAGGGCAAGGCUGAUGGAGCAGCAGACGAUGAUCUGGAUAUCCAUGAUGAUCGCCUGUCCUACUUGUCAGCACCAGGCAGUGAGUAUUCCAUGUACAGCACCGACAGCCGCCACACCUCUGACUACGAGGACACGGACACGGAGGGGGGAGCUUACACCGACCAGGAGCUGGACGAAACACUGAAUGACGAUGUGGGUCCGCCUACGGGGCCUGCCCUCACCCGCUCAUCCGAGCCUGUCCGCGAGGACCCGCCGGUCAUCCAGGAACCACCAGGCUAUGCUGGUUACCCACACGCGUUGCAGUCGGACCCCCUGAACCGGAUCGAUCCAGCUGGUUUCAAGGCGCCAGCGCCGCAGCAGAAAGCAGAAGCCACUGCCAUCCCUAGCAACCCCCAGCUCCCUGAGCCCCUGGCUGAGACAGUGACCCCUGCCGUAAAAACUGUAGGGGGCCCGAGCCCCGACGAGGCUCCCGGAGCUCUCCACCGCCAACCAAGCCCCAACCCAGAGGCUGGCUCAGUAAUGAGGCCCACGCCUGAGCUAGCCCCUGAGAGUGUCACAUCAGAACCAAGACAGUCUGGACUGGCCUGUUCAGAACCAAAGAUGUAUCAAAAGGAUCCAUACAGCUCACAUAGCAGUGGGAGAGCUGGUCCUGGAUUGAAACCUGGGAAUUACAACCCUCAGCAGGGACCGCAACCCGAUCAACAGCCAUACAGAGAUUAUGACCACCCGCCCAGUCGAUAUGAUGCCAGCGUUGGAGGUGGUUAUCUAGAACCAAAGUACCGAAACUAUGACUCUCAGCCCCCUUUUGAAAACAGUGUGCCUCACUAUGACCAGCAACAGUGGAACCCCUACGGCCAGACACACUCUACUGCCAACUCCCAGGGCUAUGAUCCACGCCUGCCAUACAGCGAUAGCUUAGACUCUCAGUACACACCACCGCCCCGUUUUGAUGAGCCUUCACCUCAGCAAGUAUUCGACGGACGGCCUCGCUACGGUAAACCCACAGUUCCGGGCCCCGUCCGCUAUGAGGAUCCACCACCUCUUUCUCCAGGGCAUGAUCUGCACUACAACCAGGAUUCUCAACUGACUCCACACCCUUCGGGCCCCCGCUCUCCCAGCGGUCAGCGGCCUGCCUACAACCAGGGACCAACACAGCACAUAAAAGGCUAUAAACCUCAGCAGUAUGACACUGCUCACGUAAACUCUGAUAUGAGACCCACGUCCCCUCCCAAAGCAGAGGUCACCUCACUUUCCCCUGUUGACACUACUAAGUCCGACACUGCCAGAAAUGACUUACGUGAGGAUGACCCUGCCAUGCAGCCACAGUCAGUCUUAACAAGGGUCAAGAUGUUUGAAAACAAACGUUCUGUCUCAGUGGACCGAGCAAGAGAUGCAGGGGAUCCAUCUGUGAACAAGGCCACAGAUUUGCCCUUGAAAGCAGGGGGGGUAAUCCCAAAAGCUAAUUCUUUGAGCAACCUUGACUCAGAAAAGAGUUAUAGAGUCCCAGAGCCUCAAAAGCCUCAGUCCAAAGUGGCUGAUGACAUUGUACGUUCCAACCAUUAUGACCCAGAUGAGGAUGAAGACUACUACAGGAAACAGCUUUCUUACUUUGACAGGCUCCAAACUGGCCCCUCAAAACCUCAAGCUCAAGCACAGAUAACGCACAACUUUUCCAGAACAGAAUCUGUAGAGAAACCAAGUCCAGCAGAAAAGAAAUAUGAACCAGUACCACAGAUGACACCCUCUCUCCCACCAGCCACACUUCCCAAGCCCUCAACUGAAGCCAAGGACACAGUCCAGAGCAACUUCCUGCCUCACAAAAAUUUUCCGGAAAAGUCGCCAGUAAAUGGCACUAGUGAAAAGCCUCCAAAAACCAUCACCAGCGGCGGAGCACCACCAGCAUCUAGCUACAACCGCUAUGUGCCCAAACCUUACACAACCUCUGCCAGGCCUUUUGAGCGCAAGUUUGACAGUCCCAAAUUCAACCACAACCUUCUGCCCAAUGACAAGCCAGAUAUGACCUCAAAGAGUCCGAGUGCAAGCCCAGUGAAGCCCUCCCUGUCGCACAGCACAGACCAUGACAGUGGCCUGGAUACCUUCACUCGUACAAUGGACCAUCGAUCCAAGUAUCAGCACAACAAUAUAAACGCUGUGCCCAAAGCCAUCCCCGUGAGCCCCACUGCCCUAGAUGAUGAUGAGGAGGAAGAUGAGGGCCACACGGUAGUUGCGACUGCUCGCGGCAUAUUUAACAGCAAUGGUGGUGUCCUGAGCUCCAUUGAGACGGGCGUCAGCAUUAUCAUCCCUCAGGGUGCAAUUCCUGAAGGGGUGGAGCAGGAAAUCUACUUCAAGGUCUGCAGAGAUAACAGCAUCCUGCCUCCUCUUGACAAGGAGAAAGGGGAGACUCUGCUGAGCCCCCUGGUGAUGUGUGGACCUCACGGCCUCAAGUUUUUGAAGCCUGUGGAGCUGCGCCUACCUCACUGUGCGUCAAUGACCCCUGAUGGUUGGUCUUUUGCUCUAAAAUCCUCCGACUCCUCGUCGGGUGACCCUAAAAACUGGCAGAACAAGUCUCUCCCAGGAGAUCCUAACUAUCUGGUGGGAGCCAACUGUGUUUCUGUGCUCAUCGACCACUUUUAA